AUGCCUUCUGGAGGUGUCUUACGUCAAGUGCUACGCUUAAUCUCGACGGCCGCAGUUCGACACAUUCUUACCGCCCGUGUCCUCCGACCUGAUAGCAACGGUCACGCGUUUGAGGCUCAUGCAAGCACGAAAAAUGAGGCUAUCUACGAGUUUGUUAAAGGAGCCAUUGAGUCGGUAAGUGUAGCCACGAGCAAACAACUAAAGAAGCCAAGGAUUGUAGGAGCUCGUGUUAUCUUACCUCGUUUAGCAAGGAAAAGAAGGAAUCGUGGACUUAGAUCGCCUCUUGCAAAGGACUUUGAUUGCAGCGGCUCAACGGGUGCGGUUUACCGAGACAUGGUGGAAGAGAAUCGUCAAGCUCAAUUCCUCGCCUUGGCCGUAGUUUACCUUCUUUCGGUACUCAUGGUGUCUCGAUACAGGGACAUUUUAGAGCCGCCGGCUAGUCCGAGUCCUUUCUUCAAUUCUGCGACCAACGGUGAAGAAUGUAGCACGCCUGGGUCUUCCACUGCUGGUGGUUCAGACCUUGCGAAACCUCCUACCCCAGAGAAGUCAACGACGAACGGUGAAGCUGCGAGUGAAGACGAGUGUAAAGAGGGCAAAGAAGGCAUCUCAGCCAUUAUGGUAGCACCGGGAACCAUGAAAAAAGAUGGGAAAGACUAUAAGGCCGAAGAACUUUCAAAGCUGGGUGGCUCCACCACCACUGCUCCUUCUCAACAGCCGGCUGAGCGAAGGCAGUAUUUAACCAGCAAACUUCAAACCGCGUUAGAGACGACCGCUCCACUAUUGAGGGAAAUUAUGAGUGAUUUCCGAUCGUUUUUCCAAAAAACGCUGCUUGGUACACAUGGUCAAGAGAUAAUGAACGAUAGCAAGGUACUGGAGACUCUGAAAAAUAAACAAGGCUCUGUCAUCGAGCUUGUUAUGUUGCUCUGCUCACAGGAAUGGCAGACUUCUCUUCAAAAACAUGCUGGACUUGCCUUUAUUGAAUUAGUCAACGAAGGGCGCCUUAUGGCUCACGCUACUCGGGAUCACGUUCUUCGCGUCUCGAACGAGGCAGACUUCAUUCUGAAUCGUCUUCGUGCUGAGGACGUCAGCAAGCAUGCACAUUUUGAGAGUGAAACGAUGGCGAAUCUCGACGUGCGGCGCGAUGAGGAAGCACGUUGGGCGCAAGCAAUCCGAAAUGGACGACGAAGAGAUGGUCGUCUUGCUGCAAAGUUGCUGGGAAAUAUGAUGACCGUACUGUGUAGUCCCAGUGGAGCCUGGAGUGCAGGAGACGAAACCGCGUGGGUAGAUAGUUGGCUG